AUGUUCCGAACAGCACUCCUCAGGUCCGCCCGAUCCGCCGUCCGCGCUGCCCCACGAUGCCAGGCCGCAAUGGCUCGCCCCGUUGCGCGAAGCUCCUUCGUCCAGCCAAAGCAAAUGAACCCCUCCGUAUACUUCCAGGCCGUACGAUGCUACGCCGCGAGCGCCGGUCUGUCAAAAGAUGAGGUCACUGGCAGGAUAAUGGACCUUUUGAAGAACUUCGACAAGGUCACCGAUGCCUCCAAGCUGAACGCCGAAUCGCACUUCCACAACGACCUCGGUCUCGACAGUCUGGAUACCGUAGAGGUGGUCAUGGCGAUUGAGGAGGAAUUCAGCAUUGAGAUCCCCGACAAGGAGGCCGAUGCCAUCCACAGCGUCAAGCAAGCAGUGGACUACAUCAUGGCCCAGCCCGAUGCUCACUAG